AUGCUGCAAAGACAAAGCUUGAGCGUGAUCGAGACGCUAGUAGUAUAUCUCAGUUUGUGCUAUGCCCAGCAAUGGCAAAACAUCCCACAAGGACAGUUAAUCCAAAGACGACCAGUUCACAAGCAACGAGAAUCUGCCCAGAAUCCACAACUGCAAACACCCCGGCAGGAAAGGAAGCCGUCACGUACUGAGGAGACUCCUACUAAAACUCUCUCUGCUCCUUCUCAGCGGUGUCAGGUGGAAGAAUUAGACCGGAUUCCAUGCGGGGAGCCAGAUGUAACUGACGCUGAGUGUGAAGCCAUCAACUGCUGUUUUGAUGGACGCCAGUGCUUUUAUGGCUUGACAGUGACCCUGCAGUGUACCCGCGACGGUCAGUUUGUAGUUGUGGUUGCCAGGGAUGCCACUCAACCGCCCCUCAGUCUGGAUUCCAUCAGCCUGGGCGAGGCUUCCUGCGGGCCUGUUGACACCACAUCAGCCUUUGCUAUCUACCAGUUUCCUCUUAACAGCUGUGGCACUACCAUGAAGGAGGAGGAUGACUACAUUGUGUAUGAAAAUAUCAUGUCCUCUGCCUAUGAAGUGGGGAUUGGGCCUCGUGGCUCAAUCACAAGAGACAGUUCCUUUGAGUUGUCAUUCCAGUGUCGCUACUCUAGCAGUGCUGUGAAAGCUAUUGUGAUUGAAGUCAAUGCACUCCCUCCGCCUCCACCCAUAUCCCAGGAUGGACCCAUACGAGUUGAACUCAGGCUGGCUAACGGUGUUUGCGCAACUAAAGGAUGCACAGAUGAGGAUGUGUACAGUUCAUACUACACGGAGGAAGAGUACCCGGUGACUAAAGUUCUGCGAGAGCCUGUCCAUGUCGAGGUGCGCAUCCUAGAGCGGACCGAUCCCGAUAUCGUUCUUCUUCUGGACCACUGCUGGGCCACCUCAUCCCCAGACUCCCUUAACCUUCCACAGUGGGACCUCCUGUUUGAUGGGUGUCCAUAUGCAGAGGACCGCUACCUGACCACAGUGGUACCUGUUGAUGUCUCCUCUGGGCUUCCGUACCCCACCCAUCACAAGCGCUUUGUUGUCAAGAUGUUCACCUUUGUGGAGCAGGAGUCCCUCCUUCCCUUGCAGGAGAUGGUCUUCAUUCACUGUAGCACUUCUGUCUGCUACUCCUCUAAUGGGCACUCCUGUCAGCAGUCAUGCAACCGGAAACGAAGAGCACUUCACACCGCAAAGGAUUCUCCCGACCAAGUCGUCUCCAGCGGUCAGGUAAUCAUAAUCGAAGACUGGCCGGCGUUUUUCAACAUGAGCCAGUUGAAUGGGCCAGUUUCCAGCAGGAGUGAAGGAGUAUCAGAUGUGUCUUGCCCCAUCAGCUAUGCAUUUCUGGGUGUGAUCGCCAUGUCAAUCUGUGGACUCGGUGGCCUGGUGGCAGUGUUCCUCUCGAGGAGGAAGUCACGGCUGCAAACUGUAAGAGUGUGAUCGCAUACAGAAUAAUAAAGGACCCCACAACAAC